CGCAGGGUCUUGGUCUUGGAAACCGGAAGAGGUCUCUGAGCAAGCGAGUUGCUACUUGUGCAUGCGGUGCUGCCUACCGUCCAGUCCGGCGUGCUCGGGUCCAGGAGGCCGGAGGUUGUCCCUGGGACUAGGGAGUCCCUGCUGUCACCACCCCGAGGGUAGACUGGUGGAAUGGGGCCAGGGCGAUGUGACAGGUGGAGCGAGGGGAGGGGCAGAUGAGGAACUUGCCACUCAAAGGAGGUAAAGUAUCUUGUCCAAGGUCGAGUAACUGAUGAAUGUCCGCAGCAUCAUUCACAUCCACUGCUCUGCUGCUAUAAGGCCAACACUGCCUCCACCAGAAGAGAGAAGAUGAAGGGGAAAGGACUGAAGAUUUUUUUCUUCUGCUGGACUUUGUAAUCUGCUUUGGGAGAAAUGGCUUGGGGCGAUAGGGUUUGUUGGCUGAGGGCUGGAAGUGACUGGCAAAGGUGACUAGGCCAUUCCUGGUGUUUUUAAUUACUGGCCUGGGGAUUCAAACAUGAAACUUGGGCCUUUUAAAAAUAUUUUAAUUUUGAUGUCUAGCCAGGCUGCUAUCUCACCAAUAUGGAUAGCUUCUCAGUGCGCUCAGAUAUAUACCAUUUUUAAUAUGCAGAACAAAUAGAUAUUUUGCUUAUUUCACACAUGAAAAUAUAACACUCACUUUUUUUUGUGUGUGUGCGGCAAUUGGGGUUAAGUGACUUGUCCAGGGUCACACAGCUAGUAAGUGUUAAGUGUCUGAGGCUGGAUUUGAACUCAGGUCCUCCUGACUCCAGGGCCAGUGCUCUAUCCACUGUGCCAUCUAGCUGCCCCUCACUUUGUUUUUAAUACUAAUAUUAGACACUACAGUUUUUAAUGGAAGCUUUAAAAAAAGUUUUAGCUCACUAUUCAAUGAAUUUGGGCAAUAACUUCUGGUUCUUUGAUUCAGGGCCCUGUUCUCCGCCUGCAGCUUUUCAUGUGUGCUUGUCUUUGGGCCCAUAUGUAGUUUUCCUGCUCUACAGUGAGAGGAUGGGGACUAAGGGUCUUUAUGUUCUUGGUGCCUGCAUUUGUUUUUUUAAUAUAUAUAUCACCAUAUGUAUCUGAGCCAUUUCUAAGGGCUCUUUUUACAGUUUACUCAAGAAGACAUCUCCCUAAUGCUCAGUCGUGGGCCAUUUGUAUAUUCAAGAAAUUGCCACAGUUUUUCCAAGGUCCAUGGCUCAAGCUAUGUGAUUGAGGCUGCUGGGCCCAUUUUCCUAAUUCUAAUCUUUUUUUUUUUCCCCACAAUUUCCCUUAGUUGUGUAUAAGUGCCCAUUUGGGGUCUGAAAAAGUUCAUUCCCUGGUGGGAUAGUUUUGAGCAUCUCAGUGAAGGUCUCAGCUGGAGAAAUGAUGCCUCUGAAGGAAGUGAUGGUUGUGUAUCCAGACCCUCAAAUUCUCACUACACAUGAUCAGGAUAGCAUCCUGGGAAUGGAUGUCUCUUGGGUUCAGGAAACCAUCGGAGGAGAAUGGGAGUCUGACCUUGAGGCUUCUCGACAGCGCUUCAGGUGUUUUCGAUACCCAGAAGGGGCUGAUCCUCUUGAGGCCCUGAGCCAACUUCGAGCACUUUGUCUUCGAUGGCUGAGGCCAGAAAUUCAUACAAAGGAGCAAAUUCUGGAGCUGCUGGUACUGGAACAAUUUCUGGCCAUCCUGCCUGGGGAAAUCAGAACUUUGGUGAAAUCACAAAAUCCAAAGAAGACUGAGGAGGUGGUGGCCUUGGUAGAGGAUUUGGCCCAAAUGCUAGAGGAAGGAGCUCUGCCUUCUGAAGACUCUGCACUUGCCCAAGAGGGGGACACUGAGGAGGGACAUGGCUCUAUAUUCUUGACCAGCAGGGCUCAGGAAGCACUGACAUUUCAGGAUGUGGCUGUGGACUUUACCUGGGAAGAAUGGGGGCAACUGGACCCAGCUCAGCAGAAUCUCUACAGGGAUGUGAUGUUGGAAAACUAUCAGAACCUGAUCUCUCUGGGGUUUCCAGUUUCCAAACCAGACCUGAUCUCCCAACUGGAGCAAGGGGAAGCACCGUGGGCUCUAAAGAGAGAAGCUGCCCAAAGUUCCUGUCCAGAUUGGGGAACUAGACAUGAGACCAAGGAAUCAAAUUCAAAGCAAGAUAUAUCUAGUGAAAAAUCGUUGCAGGAAAGACUAACAAGGGAUGGUCCUGAGGAGUUGGUAAAAGAUUGGGAGUGUGGUGGCAAAUUUGAGACAAAGCAGCAGGGGAACCUGGAGAGAGAUUCAAGGCAAGCACCAAUCACCCCCAAGAAAACCCCUAAUACAGUGAAAGACUAUGAGUAUGAUACAUUGCAGAGAAAUUACGGUCUGGGGUCUAUCUUUGUGACACAACAGACUGUGACUACAGGAAAGAUUUUUCAUCAACAUAGCACACGUGAAAAGACCCUCAAAAAGUUGUCCGACCUAAUUAAACGUAAUAGAAUUGCCUCAGGGAAGGAAUCUUAUAAAUAUACUGAAUGCAAUAAAGCCUUUAGUUGCCAAUCUGAUAUUAUUCAGUAUCCUAAAGUACCCACUGAAGAGAAAUCUUACAUGUAUAAUGAAUGUGGGGAAGACUUCAGUCAAAGUGAAUACCUGACUCAUCAACAGAAAAGUCAUAUUGGAGAGAAGAUCUAUAAUCAUGAUGAAUGUAGGAACAUCUUCAGCCAAAUGGCAUACCUUACUAACCAGAAGACAGUUGAUCCUGGAGAGAAACCCUAUAAAUACAGUGACUGUGGGAAAACCUUCUUUGAUGGGUCAUCUCUUACUAAACCUCAGAGGAUUCAUACAGGAGAGAAAUCAUAUAAAUGUGAUGAAUGCAUGAAAGCUUUCAAUAAGAAGUCAUCUCUUAUUCAACAUCAGAGAAUUCAUGCUAGGAAAAAACCCUAUAUAUGUAAUUCAUGUGGAAAAGCAUUUCACCAGAGCACAAAUCUCAUUCACCAUCAGAGAAUUCAUACAGGAGACAGACCCUAUAAACAGGAUGAAUGUGGGCAAGCCUUCGGUCAAAAUUCAUCUGUCUCUGAACAUGAAAGAAAUACAGAAGAGAGAGAUUACAAUUAUAAUGAACAUGGUAAAUCCUUCAGCCAGAGAGGGCAUCUUAGUAAACAGAGAAUCAAUACUGGAAAAAGCCCAUACAAAUGUAAUUUAUGUGGAAAAGCCUUUAGCACCAGUUCAUCCUUUAUCCAGCAUCAGGUCUCCCAUGGUGGAACCAAUCCUAAAUGUAAUAUGGGUGGAAAUGCUUUUGGACUUAGCACUAGCCUUAUUAAGCGUCAGAAAUGUGUCAUAGGAGAGAAGCCUUACCGUUGUGAUGAAUGUGGGAAAACAUUUAGCCAAGGUAGGUGCCUUAUUCAACAUCAGAGAAUUCAUACUGGAGAAAAACCUUAUAUAUGUAAUAUAUGUGAGAGGGCCUUUACCCAAAGGGGAAACCUUAUUAAACAUAGGCGAAUUCACACUGGAGAGAAGCCCUAUAAAUGUAAUGAAUGUGGACAAGCCUUCAGCCAGAGUUCAUCCCUUACUGAACAUCAAAGAAUUCAUACUGGUGAGAAACCCUAUCGUUGUAAUGUGUGUGGAAGAGCUUUUGGUCAGGGUAGGAGCCUUACUCAGCACCAGAGAAUUCAUACUGGAGAGAAACCCUAUAAAUGUACUAAGUGUGGUAGAGCCUUUAGUCAGGGUAGAAACCUUACAAGGCAUUGGAGAAUUCAUACCGGAGAGAAACCCUUUAAGUGUAAUGAAUGUGGGAAAGCCUUCAAUCAGAGGGAGCAUCUUACUAAACAUCGUAAAUUUCAUACUGGAUAAAGAAAGCUCUUACAAAUGUAGUACAAAAGUUUUUAGCCCAAGUUUAAACUUGGUAAAACACCCACACAUCAAUACUAGAGAAUCAUUACUAUAAAUGUAUUGAAUAUGCCUUUAGCCAGAAUUCAUAUCAUACAUCACAUAAUUCAUCCUGGAAAAUGAAAUUUUGUUUUUAAUGAAUGUCAAAAAAACACACCUUUAGUCAAUCUUUAAGUUUUGUUCAGCAUCAGAAAAUACAUGUUAAAGAGAAACUACAUAUGUAAUUAAUGUGGAAAAGGUUUCAGUAUCAGGCUAUCUUUUAUUCCAAGUCAGCAUUCAUAAUGGUGAAAAGCAUAAAUGAAAUUAAUGUAAAGCCAGAUGUGCUUUAGUCCAUAACAGACUUCAAAAUAGAGUUAUUCUGCAUAUACAGACAGUUCUUGAUUUACAUAAGUGGACUGUCCCACAGACCUCUAUGUAAAGUGAUUUUUACAUAAUAUAAAUUACCUGCCCACUUCACUUAGCCUUUAUAACAAUGGCAUACACAAAAUAAUACCUUUAAGCAAGUCAUGAAAUGUACUGAAAUGCAGACAUAUUAAUACUGGAUCAUGAAAAUAAACAGUAUGCACAGUACUACAUAGUAAAGUUAACAUAGGUGUGCAGUAUGUUGCCCCUUCCCCACCCAUUGCACCUAGCCUUUAUCACUGGUGAUUGGCUAUGCAACAUUUUUAUGAAGCUGUUGAAAGAAAAUUUUCAUUAGGGCUUCACUCUAAUAACAUAGGCAGGCUCAGGAAAAAUGUGGUUAAAAGGAGUUUAUUAUUACAUACAAAGCACAUGUGGUUGCUACACUUUGCUUAUCAUGUAUACAUCUCCCAUGAAGGGCUACCAUAUUUACCUGUAUCUCCCCUUUCCUCAUGAGAGGGCUGUCACAUAUACCUGUUAAAGGGUAUGGGAAAUAUAAUUGAGUAAAACUAUUGGAUAGGACAAGGAUGUCUGUAUUCUGCAUCUGACUGUUAUCCAUAAGUAUGACUUCCGUGAUAUGGGGUUCUCAAAUUCUUCUCUAAUCAGAAAUUCCUAUCCUCAGCUUUAUUGGACAGUAAUUCUCUUCUUUUUUACUCGUAAAUCUGAAUGCAGAUUCCUUUCAGAAUUCUUUAUGUAAAGUCAAAUCUGCAGAAUGCGAAUUUAUGUAAAGCAAGAAUGGUCUGUUAUGAUAUACUUCAGACAGAUUCAUCAUUCAGUGUGCGAUGAGUUAAACUUGUCACUUAGCUUUAUACAGGGCUGAGGUAUGCUAGUGAGAGAUGUGAAAUGAUAGUUACUAAACUCGUUUUCUUUGAAAACAACACCAAUAGGGGCAGCUAGGUGGUACAGUGGAUAAAGCACCAGCCCUGGAUUCAGGAGGACCUGAGUUCAAAUCUGGCCUCAGACACUUGACACUUACUAGCUGUAUGACCCUGGGCAAGUCACUUAACUCCAAUUGCCUCACCAAAAAACCCCCCAAAAAACAAAAAAACACAAAUAAAGGGAGUUUUUGUAUUAAAGUUAAAACAUUACUAUUUAAAUAAUUUUAUUUGCCAUUUCACCAUUGAGGAAUAAAAGAAAUAGAUGAACCCCAGAAAAGUUUCUCAAAAGGCAAAUAUAUGUGCAGCUCUCAGAAUAAAACACUCUUAGGCACAUGUUUUGUGUACAUGAGCUAGUUCUCCUGAGCCCAAACCUGUGAGCAUCCUCAAGUUUUGAGUAUUUAAUCACAGAUACGGUUUGGAGUAGCAGGUGAGCUCAAGAAAUAGGAAAUAAGAGUUUAACUGAGGGAGGGCUGUGGAUCUUGGGAAUAAAAGGGAUAACUCUCACUUCCUUUGAAAGUUGGAUGAGGAAUUAUGGAACUGUUAAAGUAAACACCUACCUUGGCUAAGUUCUGUGAGAGAUAAAAAUUUAUCUAUGACAUUCCUUGUUCCCUUCGAAUUUAUAGUUUAACAUGGUGAUGUGGCACAUAUUACUCUAUUGCAAAAUAAUAUAUAUAAGUAGAAGAGCUAUCUGUUCUUUUGCCACAGUCAGUUACCAUUCCAUCCAUUUUCUUCUCUGAUCCAUAUCAUCUACCUGCCCCAUAGUCUUCCUCUUUCCCCAGCCAGCACUUGCACUCCUAUCUAGAGAGGAUAGCAAUAUAUGCCUUCAUGUCCACUUGAUUACCCCGGACUCCCAGUUCAUUGCUAUUUAAACUCGCAUGACUUCUGUCUUCAUUCUAUCUUAGCCGGGUACAAGGAUGUCUACUCUGUGUUUGACUGUCAUCCGUAACUGUGACUCCAUCAUCUGAGCUCUCAAAUUCACCUUUAAGCAAAAAUUGCUAUCUGUGGUCUUUUACUUUGCCCCAUUCUUCCUAGACAUGUUCCUCAGCGGUAUUGUCAGCCUUCCAUCCCUUCUCUUGUCUUGAGUUUUUAUUGGCUUAAAAAAAUCAUUCAGAACAUCUUUCCCCUUAACACCUGAUCUUUCUGCAUUCACUCCCUGCCCUCACAGUCUUCACCCAUUCAUGACCAAGUCAGCUCUAUACUAUGAGCUCCCCUUGAAUCCCUUGUCAUCCCUCAAUCGUUCCCUAUGACCAGCCCAUCUCUUCAUGUAACACCAUUCCUUGAGGUCAUCUUCUGGAGUUUUUUGUUGGUUAUAUGCUGCAGCCUGAUCAUCUUAACCCUGCACUCUCUGUUGACCUCUGUGUGAAAUUCAGAUUUAGCUCUUCAGAGACGGUGAUGUUCCAUUAAGUGUGAAAUAGUAAAACUACAGUCCAUUGUGGAAAGUCAUUUUCUACUAAUGCCUUCCUCAAGAAUGACUCUCAAAGAUUUUGGAUAGAUGGGAGAGUGGGCAGAGAGAUGAGUAGCCAAUGAUCCUUUAGUCACCUUUUUUUCCUUUUUUGUUGGUGUUAACAAAGUUUGAGAUUUUUUUCAUGCCUUUGGAAUAUUCCCCAGAUUUCAGCUGCCUCAUAUAUCAGUCCCUCAAUGCCUUCACAGUUGUAUUACCUCCAGCUCACAUCCCCUUUGAAUAAACUCGCUCAGAUCUGAUUACUUUUCCAUCUUUGUUCUCUUUACUGCAAUUUCUACCUCUUCUAUAAGCACCUUAGGGACUAUGGUGUUAGGGUAUGAGCAUGGUGAUUCCGAUAUCCUUGAUGGUGAAAACAAUUUAUCGACAUUUUUUUGCAGAUUUUUUCCCAUUUUUCUUAUUUGCCUUUGGGAUGUCUUUGUUUAGUUGGAUGUCUUGCCAACCUUUCUUUAAACUGGUUUUACCGUCUUUUUUUCCUCUGCUUUAUAAGCACAAUACUGCUCAUAAUUGUAAUUUUUGUAAGAUUUUACAGAUGAAUUUAUAUUCUAACUCAUUGUUUCUCAGUCCUUGGUAGCCACCUCUCCGUUUGGCAAGCAAUUUGGUUGUUUGCUGACUAAAGCAUUUUCUGGGCUCUUUGGUUUUUCCCAUUGCAGUUAAUUUACAUUGGUCAAACUUCUGGAUGAAAUUAUAAUUGAUGUUGAUGUAAUUUCUGUUGUCUUAUUUUUCAUUUCUAAAUUUUCAGUAACUUGUUUAUUUUAGGAUUAAGUCACUUUAAUUGUAUGUCAUAUCUCAUUAAGGUAGCUAGGUGGCUUGGUAAUAGAGUACUGGGCCAGGAGUCAGGAAGACCUGAGUUCAGAUGUGACUUUCAAUACUUACUAUGUGACCCUGGGGCAAGUCAUAUAACCUCUCUUUGC